AGCCAAAAGAGUAAAAACAGAGCGGUGAGAAAACAUGUGAUUGAGUUGGAGAGAGAGCAGAAAGGUGCAGGACGACGCAGAGCAGGAGAGGAAGAGAAGAACCGUCACCGAGAGAAGAAGGAGGAAGAGUGCUGCUGUGCUGGGAGCAUGUCUCUGAAUGGGAAGGUGGCUCUGGUGACCGGGGGGGCUCAGGGCAUCGGCAGAGCUGUGGUCCAGUCACUGCUGCAGAGCUCAGCCAAGGUGGUCAUGGUGGACCUGAACAAGGACCUCGGUGAGGAGUGCAAGGCCCAGCUGGACGCCGAGUUCGGAGAAGGAAACUGCACGUUCAUUGAGUGCGAUGUGGCCAACGGAGAUGCGCUGCGAGACACCUUCCAGAACACCGUGGACCAGUUUGGCCGUCUGGACAUCGUCAUCAACAACGCCGGCAUCACUAACGAAAAGGACUGGGAGAAGACCAUCCAAGUGAACCUGACCUCGGUCAUCAAGGGAACCUACUUGGCUCUGGAACACAUGAGCAAAGAGUACGGCAAGCAAGGAGGCAGCAUUAUCAAUGUAUCCUCUAUGGCAGCCUUCCUGCAUUCCCCUCACCAGCCCGUCUACACGGCCACUAAACACGGAGUCAUUGGCUUCACCAGAGCGAUGGCGGACGCGGCCAUUCAGGGCGACUACGGCGUUCGCAUCAACGUGCUGUGUCCGGCCUUCGUCGACACGCCCCUGCUGCAGUCGGUGGAAGACGAGGACAACAUGGGCAAGUUCGUCAAGUUCAAGGACGACUUUAAACGGAGCAUGAACAAGUUUGGAGUUUUACAGCCGUCGCUGAUAGCAGAGGGCAUGAUGAGGCUGAUCACGGACACCAGUCUGCACGGAGCCGUGAUGAAGAUCACCUGCUCCAAGGGAAUCCAUUUCCACACCUAUGAGCCCAUGUCGGCCUGAGCUCCACACUCAGGACUCACAUGCUGAAGGAAAGAUGCAGCGCUCGAACCCGUCUGACUGCAGCUCACCAGAGACGCUCGGGACGACACGUGGACGCUGCAGGAGCUUCAGUCAGAACUGCGUCUGUUUGGAUUCUAAUCAUUUUUAUUUAAUAAUCAUCUGCAUAACAUGAAAACAGUGAUCAUACAAACAAUAUCCAGCAAGCCAAAGUUACAGAUUGUUUUUUUUGUUUUUAGUUAAUUGUUUGUGCGUCACAGGAAACGCUGGACCGUCACUGUGGUCCGCCUCGGAGACGACGGCUUCUUUGAUCAGUGUUAUUUAAAGAACUGUAACAGUUACUCUUUUACAGCUGGUUUAUGUGACGUGUAAACACAAAUAAAUAAAUAAAUGAAUAAAUAAAUAUGGAGUUUUGUAACAGGGGAGAUCUGAGAGAUAUUUAUUGACAACCUAAACAAUUAUUAUAUGUUAACAUUUAUAGUUUCACAAUGUCCGUUUAUUUUCCGUGUUUUAAUAUCUAUUAGUAGCCAAUACGUGGUAUACGAGGAGUGAGGUCACAGUAUGCACAUCACCCAUUGGUUUGUAAAAUCCAGUUUUUAGACUGCAAGCUAGCUUGGUUAGCAAAGCAUGUACAUGGACUGUAAGGAUUAUAGACGUCUCGCCACCCUAACUUUAAGUCUUGAACGUGGAACUGUUGGGGCAAGAAGUUUGCAUGAUUAGGGGCGUGGCCUCUUUGACGGAACAGGCCGAUGGCGACACAGGCGGCUGUAGCUGCUAGCUGUCUGCUAGCUUCACCUUUGCUAACUGGAGUCCCUGAACAGAGACCUGUGAACCGUGUUUGUGCUGUUGGAGCCUUUUGGAGCAUUUUUAAUGUCAUCAUAUGACCAAUAAUAUGGCUGCUGUGAGGUUACUGUAGUAACACACUGUCCAAGAAGGCGGAGCUCCAGGUUUACUGCCUGCACUAAUUAGCAUAAGGUCACCUCUAAGAUGGCAUGAGCCAAAACCGGCAUUAAGUCUGCACACAGUGGGUAAUUUCAAAGUUGUUGCUUCCAUCUUUAUCCACAGUAUAGGAAAGUGUGUGGAAAUGCUUAGUAGUCUUUGAUAUUCUUAAUAACAAAUAUUACACUUCCAACUCGAUCUCCCAUUUAAACACAAUAACGGCGGCGCUACACUAAAAUUAUUCCUCCUGCAGAUGUGUUUCCUGGACUUGAGCUGGUUUUUAUUCUGAUCUUCUUCUUGUGUGGCUGGAGGAACAUAUUUGAUACUCGUCACUGUGUCAGUCCAAUACAGAAAAACGACUGUGGCAGCAGCAUGCAGCAACUUUAUUUGUACAGCACAAUCCUUUGUGUGUCAGCCUUAGCUCUGUUUUCACUGUUGACAUUCCUCAUAAAUCCUUGGCCAACUGAAUCCUUUCACCGUGGUGAAAAUGUUGGCUUUUUCCCAAACUGGGCGCUCUCCAAGAACCCGUGUGUGGUUUGCAUGAAGUCACAGGUUGUCAUGAAGAGACGGGUAUAAACAAAGAGGUUCAGUGAGGCUGAGCUCACAGCUGCUGUGCUGAAGUUUCACUGUAAAUGAAUCCACAAAGACAUGAAAUGAUUUGUGGUUAUGAUCGUUCUCUUUUACUGGUCUCCAGUUAUCGUUCUACAGUCUUUGGUCCCCGACGUUUAAGUCUACUUUCUUCUGACUGGCUGCCCCUCACAGAAAUUUGAAUAGAAAGUGGGUGGAGCUUGUCUUCUUACAAUGACAGUAUUAGGGAGUGUACUCAGGCAAACUGAGAAACCAAGUGUUCAGAGCAGUUUGCAGCCUGAGCUCAGGAGUAAUGUUAACACAGUGCUCCCUCGUUAUAUUGCGGUUCAUUUUAAGCAAUUGUUGCAAUUUUGCAUGCUUUAUUUUUUUUUACAGCCUAUUGUGUUCUGCGUCCUGAUUGGCUGUAGACCGUUGUCAAUCAAUCCUGUGCCGUGUCUCCUGUACAGGACAGAAUGCGUUCAGCUUGUCGAUCACUAGCAGUGUGACAAAAAGUUGGACUUCUCGACACGCUAAAGGAAGGUAGAAGUUACUGUAUUUUUUUGGACCAUAAGGCACACCGCAUUAUGAGGCGCAUUAAGCUAAACCAAACAGUCAGAUAAGUCAAACUUUACUCUACUUCCGUACCAGUGAUUCAUUAAUGUUGAAUUCUCUGGCAGCGGCUCUAUUCUCAUGUUGUGGACCUGAAAACAGGGUUUGAUCUUUGGUUUCAUCCUAUAAUACUGGACUCAUUUUUCUACAA